AUGGCAUCAAACGAACUCCCCCGCCAUAAGGCAGAGCUCAUCGACCUCUGCAUUCGCAACCAGAUCCUAAAAUUCGGCUCCUUCACUCUCAAGUCUGGCCGGGUAUCACCGUACUUUUUCAAUGCCGGCCUCUUCAACACUGCCCGAACCCUCUCGUGUCUUGCCGAUGCCUUCGCUCAAACCCUUCUUCAAGAUAAGAACCUCCCAGAGUUCGACGUAAUAUUCGGGCCGGCGUACAAAGGAAUCCCGCUUGCUACUCUAGUGUGUGCUAGACUCGGUGCUCUGGACGAAAAGUUCUUAGAUGUUGGGUACUCGUUCAACAGGAAAGAGAAAAAGGAUCAUGGCGAAGGCGGUGGGAUCGUCGGGGUCCAAUUGAAAGGGAAAAGGGUAUUGGUAGUCGAUGACGUGAUCACAGCUGGUACUGCAAUGAGAGAAGCCACCGAUAUCAUCAAAGCCGAAGGCGGUAUCCUUUCUGGAAUUGUCGUUUGCCUUGAUAGACAGGAAAGAACUACUGAUGGCGAGAAUAGCGCAAUCGAGAAUUGCAAAGCCGAAUACAAUGUCCCUAUCACUGCAAUUAUCACAUUGGAGGAUUUGAUUGCUGGAGUUCCAGAUGAAACCCUGAAGGAGCAGAUGCGGGAAUAUGGAAAACAAUAUGCUCCAAUCUCAAGACAAUAA